GCAGGCCUCACCUCCCGGCGGAGCUUUGCCGGAGUCCAGGUUCACACGCCGGUUGAACGUCGGGGUCGGGGAGGGUCUGGGCAGGGACACCUCGAGGGACCACUCAUUCCUCCAAAAAGACUUUGCUGAGCCCCGGCUCUUUUUGUGCUGGGACAUUUUGGGCGCCCCAAGGGUCGGGGCAAGCUUCCUGGAGGUGGUGUUCUCCAUUCUGGGUAGAAGGAGGCGAAUUGAUUGAGGACGGGGGUGUGCACUGGAGAGCUUCUCCAGGUGGGCUCCCCAGGCUGCCUCCUCCGUGUCUCCAUCUGCCGUCCUUGCAGGCUCUCCCCCAGGGCAUCACCUCCUCCUGCCGUUCCCCAGGAGGCAGUGCGGUACCGCUGCUGCUUCCCUUGGCGCCGUGCAUGGAGUAGGUUCACAGGAAACACAUGUUUGUCCAGUUUGGGCCCCCACCCUUUGCGUGCAGCUCCCCUGGAGUCCACUGUGCCAUCCAGUGCCAUGAAGAUGAGCCAGGCCUGGGUCCGGACCACCUGGGUGGGGGUCCUGCAGGAGGGGCUGCCUGGCCCUCAGUGGACCUCUCUGGACCCUCCCCUCCACCUUGCCUGGACCUCAGAAUGGCGCCCAGAAGUCGUGGGACUUCAUGAAGACUCACGAUAGCGUGACCAUCCUCAUGUUCAACUCUUCCCGGAGGAGCCUGGUGUUGGUGAAGCAGUUCCGGCCAGCCGUGUACGCUGGCGAGGUGGAGCGUCUCUUCCCGGGGUCCCUGGCAGCUGCGGAGCAGGACGGGCCCCGGGCGCUGCCCGCGUUGCUGCCUGGCUCAGCAGGGGUCACCUACGAGCUAUGCGCCGGCCUCCUGGACCAGCCCGGGCUCUCGCCGGAGGAGGUGGCCUGCAAGGAGGCCUGGGAGGAGUGCGGCUACCGCCUGGCGCCCUCUGACCUGCGCCGGGUGGCCUCGUACAAGUCUGGCGUGGGACUGACCAGCUCCAGCCAGACUAUGUUCUAUGCGGAGGUGACGGAUGCCCAACGGGGAGGCCCGGGCGGGGGCCUGGCUGAGGAGGGAGAGCUCAUCGAGGUGGUGCAUCUGCCCCUGGACGGCGCCCGGGCCUUUGCGGACAACCCGGAUGUUCCCAAGACCCUCGGCGUGAUCUUUGGUAUCUCGUGGUUCUUCAGCUGCGUGGCCCCUGGCCUGGGUCCCCAGUGAGAGUCCCGCAGACCCAAUAAAGGCUGGCAUCACCGAC